CCUUCCUCAAAAUCAACUAAGCUGUCUGCUUUAUUUACUCUUGGAUUUGUCAUGUCUCUAUCUACUGGCCUUGCUAAUGUCAGUUUGAAGUAUAAUAGGUAACACAACUAUGAUGUUUUUAUUUAAAAUAUUUGUUUCGUUCUCUGAAUUUAAUAUCUAUAUCUUCAGUAUUGGUUUCUAUCAGAUGGCAAAGAUUGCAGUAACACCUUCAAUAGUUAUGGCAGAAUUUGUAUUGUAUAGGAAGAAAGUUUCUUGGCCCAAGGCUUUAGCAUUAACGGUAGUAUCUAUUGGUGUUGCUGUGGCUACAGUGACAGAUCUGCAGUUCCAUUUCUUUGGUGCCUGUGUUGCAUUAGCGUGGAUUGUACCUAGUGCUAUAAACAAAAUCCUCUGGUCCAGAUUGCAGCAGCUAGAAAACUGGACUGCUUUGGCGUUAAUGUGGAAAACAACACCUAUUACUUUAAUUUUUCUGGCUGCUAUGUUACCCUGCUUAGACCCUCCUGGUGUACUUUCCUUUGAUUGGAACUUCAUUAACACAUUGGUGAUACUCACAUCAGCCAUUCUCGGCUUUUUGCUUCAGUUAUCUGGGGCCUUAGCACUAGGUGCUACAUCUGCAGUCUCGCAUGUUGUUCUUGGGCAGUUUAAGACAUGCAUUAUCCUUUUGGGAAACUAUUAUCUCUUUGGAUCCAAUCCUGGCAUAAUCAGUGUCUGUGGAGCAUUUACAGCUAUUGUUGGUAUGUCUGUUUACACUUGCCUUAAUCUGAAGCAACAAACAGCCAAGAUAUUUCCUCAUCAGACCUCCCUUUUACCAAAAUCUAAACUAAGCAGAGAAAAUGGCAGUUCCCAUAAUGGAUAUUACAGUACAGAAAAUGUCUAGCAAAAUUCCUAAUACUGCAUUGCAUGAGAUGAUAACUAGUCAAUCAUUGUUUUUCCUUGUUGUGAUUUUUAGAUUCCAAUCGGACCAUUUUUUGGUGGUGAUAGUUUAUGUUCAAAUAUAAAAAAUCAUUAAAUUCAUACUAGGAUUCAAUGCUUAUAUCAUGGCAAGUUGGAACCCCGUCUACUCUGUAAAUGAAUUAUUUUGUGGUUUCUUAUCCUGAGUUACGAGUUUUUUCUUCGGUAUAGAAUAGGAGCUACUAUUUCAUUUUGUAAUAGUGACAGAAAACAGCAUUACAUUUUUUUUAUUAUACUCAGAAUAAAAAUUGUCUAUUGUGAA